CACGAAUCUGGAUCUUGCUUAGGCAAAGAAACGCUUUCGUGCUCGUCCAUCCCCUGACCACUAUUGAUCCUUUGUUACGACCUUGAAACCACACCCACAGCCUUUUUCCACUACAAUCAUAUACACCGAGAUCUAGGCACAGUCUCGGAUACGGCAUUCGGCCUCAUCGCGUUGCAAGUACCAGACCUGACGACACAAAGAAGACGUUCUCGCGAUCAAGGAGUCCGGCUAUUCGAAACGAAAUCAAAGGAAGAUAGUAGUGAUGCCAUCCAUCGAUUGAGACUAUUCGCACGACCUCACCAAUUAGACAGAUAGAUUGAAACGGUCGCAACCGGCAGCCUGUAACUACCCCGACGUCAGGACUCAGCCGACCUCGUUUCGGUACCAUCUGUAACACGACAAGGAGGACUUGCGUAUAAGCGACAGACCCCCCUUCAUUUGACAUCGCUCAACCAUGCCACAAGGCAGUAUGGGUCUCGAACGUACCCUGUCCAACACUAGUACAGGGACGAUUCGCAAUGGUGGUGGCAACAACGGGGGCUACCCCGGUGACUAUGGUCACGCCGGAGAGGACAUGCAUCACAACACCGGUGCGGGUCGCAAUCCCGAAUCAAAUGGGAGUGGCAGCAUCAACGGCAGGGGUCAGGGAGGAAGGCCCACCGAGAUCGGGGAAUCCGGGAACAGUAUCAGGAGGGAUCGAGAUGGCCGACCGGGGCAGAGCUAUGCCUCUCAGGGUCAAUCCUCACCCUCGCCAUUCCGUCCCGCUCCUCCAUCGACGCAGACACGCCCCCCUCCGAACCUCAAGAGUGCCAUGAAUGCCAUCAACGGGUACGCUGAGCCACCCCGGCGGACGGAAUCUCCGAGUGGAUACGGUCAAGGUGGUCACGGAGAAGAGAUGCCUUGGGGAGGACCUUUCCCGUCCUUGCACCUUUGGCCGUUGAACGAGACGUUCGCAACCAAGAUGAUCCACUUGCCUCCCAUUACGGGUAGGAAUCCAGCUGAAAGGAUCAAAAUCGGUCGUCAGACCAACAUCAAAAGCACGCCUACCGAGAGAAACGGAUUCUUUGACUCCAAGGUACUCAGUCGGAUGCAUGCCGAGGUAUGGUCCGAGCAAGGAUCGGACGGGUCAGGUCGAAUGUACAUCCGAGACGUCAAGUCGUCCAACGGUACCUUUGUUAAUGGCGAGCGACUUAGCAACGAAGGCAUGGAGAGCGAGCCAUACGAGCUGAAGAGCGAAGAUAUCGUGGAAUUCGGUAUCGACAUUGUUAGCGAAGACAACAAGACGGUACAGCACUACAAGGUGUCUGCCAAAGCCUAUGUUGUAUGGAACGUGGACGAUGCAGGAUGGAGUGCUCGUGAACUCGCCAAUUAUUUCCCCUACGACCAGGCCAAAGCCGUUGGUCCGACUCGCAAGGGGACUGGCGCUGUGCCCCCUAUGAAUGGAACGUUACCCAUGGCCAUGAUGAGCGCUGGUGGUAAAGGAAUCGGUCUGAACUUUGAUCAUGUACUGGCGAAGCUUCAGGCGGAGCUUGAAAAGAGCAAGGAGACUGGGGCUGAGCUGCAGAACCUAACAUCGGCCAUGACAGACAUCCAAGACACGUUGAGUGGAGGCCUCCCUCCAAACGAGAACGGUCACGCCACCAAGCAUAUCCCACCUCAAUUUCAGCCUCAGGAGCCGCAGCCCGUAUACGUGCCUGGUGUGCCUGAUCACGUCGUAGGAGAUCCUACUGCCACCAUCGCGGCCUUACAAGCCCAGCUCAGUAGCACUCAAGUUAUCCUUGUCAGCCACAAGGACAGGAUCCGAUCUCUGGAAACACUUCUAGCCGAGCACGAAGCGAUCAAGACGGAGGUGCUAGGUCUUCGCCAACAAAUGGAAGCGAGCAAGCUGGAGUUUGAAACUAUCCUGCAGAAUCAGGCUCAGGCCCGCUCUCACGAAGAUGAUGAGGACGACCGCGAUAGCGAAGCUCAGGGUAGCAAGGGUCACCGAUCAAGAGACUCGGAUCAUAACGGAGAUGACGCGUCACCUUCAAGUCGACGGUCCUCCUUCAUGAACCGGUCAUCGUCUAAUCGUUCGUUAUCUUCAACCGCCUCGAAAGACAAAGAGAGGGUUUCGAACGAGGAGAUCAUCGCCCGUAACAAUGCUCUUGCUGCACGACUAGAUUCUCUGUCAGAGGAUCUCGAGCAAGCUUUAGAGCUAUCCCGCAGCCUCUCGGCUGACCUCGAGACAUCCUUGAGAGUAUCGCGGGACCUGCAGCAACAACACGAUGACGCAUCAUCGACCGUCAAAGCGCUCGAGGAUAAGAUCGUUGCUCUAGAGCGAGAUAUGGCCACGCGAGUCGCAGAAGCAGCUGGGCAAGCGGGACGUUCGGCUGAGGAUCGAUGGGAAACCUGGAGGAGCAAGUUUGAGGAAGGUUGGAGGAAAGAGCGCGAGGGGUACGAACUCGAGAGAGAGAGGCUCCGGGGAGUCGUUCGAGAAUGGGAGGAGGCGAGCCGAAGGGCGCAGGAGGAGGAAGAAGAACGUCUGAUGAAUGCUCGACUCAGCGGUGAAUCUGGGACGGACGACGACUCGGGAGACGAGGAAGAGAACGAUCUAUCUGGCAAGGGAUCGGAUGACGAUUGGAUCGGUUCUGGUCUCGAUCGAGCCAAGGACGAGUCUCUCCUUAUGCGACUGCCUGAUCGGAGCCAUUCCGUCUCUCCACGGUCCCCGUCUUUUACGUCAGAUCAAGUUCGGAUUCGAAGAGAAUCUUCGAGUCGGCUAGAUCCCGCCAUCAGGGCGUUAAAGGCAGCUGCGGGUGAACCGUCGACCCGUAUGGGUACCGGAUCCAAGGGCAAUGGCUCGUCUACCCCUCGGACGACCAACUCGACCGCAGCAGAGGGAGCAUUGGGCGCUCUCAGAGCCAAGGCGGCCCGCAAUCGACGAGCAGGGACGAUCACCGGGCGUAAACGAGGGGAAUCCCGCCGAAAAUCGAGCGGGCCGGAGAAGAACUCGUCGAGAAAGACAAACUCAGCAGUUCCCGAUGCCGGCGCGGCAACCGUGGAUCGAGCGGUUGACGGGGACGGUGACGACGACUCGAGGACGACAUCUCACGGUGAGAGCACCUGUACGGAGAGCGACGAGACCGCUCACGAGGGACCAAAGUCGGAGUCUGAAAAAUCUGACAAGGACAAGAGCAAGGUGAAGGUGGCUGAAGUGCCUGUAAAUCCCAGCGAUGUACAGAAUGGUAUUGCGGUGGCUCGCCUUGCGCCGAUGGCCGUUUCGAUCGCUGUAGUGGGCGUGGUCGCGUGGGCGUACAUCAACCGUCUAAAAGAUUGACAAGCCUGCCCAGAUCAAGGCGUUUAGUCUACGCCGCUCCAGCUGUAUCAUUUCGAGAGCACCCACAUCAGGGGUGCUUUUUGCCAACGGUUGGGAUAUAGGAGAUCGAGGCUCGUGAAUUGAUACACGCAGUUGUACCGAAUAUGACGACGAUUCCGAUGUGAUGACCGAUCGAAUGUGAAACGGUCCAGAUUCGGGGUGGAAAUAAAAGAGC